UGGCGGUGGCUACUAGUUUGUGUUUGUACGAUUAUAAUUCUGUUCCCUUUACUCAGAGCAGCACUGUUCAGGCGCUCCUUAAUCGGUUUCGAGAAUGAGCAAGGAAAAGUGCAUAGAAUUUUUGAUUACCAGGAAGUUGUGUAAAAUUAGGCUGAGACAGCUUGAUCGACUACGCUUCAGAGGGCCGUUUCUUGUUAUACGGGAUAGCUCCUUAGAAGGGUGCAUUGUGGCGCUCCAACUGGAAGUUUCUAACUCUAUCCCAGUUUUCACCCCCACCCCCAAUCCCAUCUCCAGAGCUCACAGCUGGGGCAUCAAAGAUUCUCCAAUCGGAUCUGAACGCCGGAGGCCCACUGGUAAGAGGACACGCCGCUCUGCAGGCAGGGUGACCUGGCCUUAGGUCCAGCCUAGUUUUAUGGGCCCUAAGGUGAGACAUCCUGGGGCCUUAGGUUUCUGCCCAAGGGGGUAGAGAGCACCCAGAGGAAACAGGCCUGGGACCUCCUGUCUCUUCCCCAAGGCUGGGUAAGUAGAAACAGCCUCCUCCUGCAGCCCUGGAAGCUAGUCUGUGGAUUAGAGCAGGAAACAGCAAGGAAUCAGAGCCUUUAUCCAACGCUGAACUAGCCCCACUCUGAUUGUGUGUGUGUGUGUGUGUGGCCAGAGAGGUGGACAUGCGUGGUACUUCUCUUGCCACCUGCUAGCAUCUGAGCUUGGCAGCAGGGUCAAGCGAGUGUCGCGUGGUCCCCGGGUUCUAGAAACCUGCGAUUGCAGUCUUGGGCCACGCGGUCCCAGUACACAGGCCUGACUCCACCAGGCUGCGGGCUCGCGACGCCACGGCGGGCCCCGGAUAGCGCACUUUUCCCAGUGCAGUACCCAGACACCCGGAAAAGUUAGCACCGGCUGCUCCGCGGCUCAGGCCUGAGAUCUGAACAGCCGCCGCCCCCACCCCACCGCCAUCCCCAGCGCGUCGCCAUGGAGACUGCUGGAAGUUGGUGGUGGAAAACAGACCCGGCGCAAAGCAAAAUAUUAUGAGUGCAGUUGGGGUGACUUCAGGGGGGGGCGGGGGACCUGAGGGCAUGAGCGGGAGCCAGAGGCGGACAACAAAGGACCGAGAGCAAGGAGGGAGAGGAGUUUGUUUCGGGCCUCCCCGGCGCUGUGUGAGUGCUGGACCGUCCUGCUUCCCAGAGUGGCGGAGAUCUCUAAUUUCUCUCCAGCAGCUACACCUUUUCUGAGCCGGCUUGUGCACUGUUGCUCCCACCCUGCCUCUCCGGGUUCUCUUCCAGCGUCCCUCCUGGUCCUGAGUGAGGCGCCAGCUGGACAGUAAUGUCUGCCUCUCCAAGAGCCACAGGCUACCCAGAGUGAAAGGUUCUGGCUUUUCUUCCCCAUGACCCGUGGGUCGCCCAAGAGGAAUUUUUCUCAUCCCUCUCCUCAAAUGGGAUCUGAAAAAGCGGCGGGUUAGGUGCCAGGCCAGACAUCUCGCCUGUGGAGAGGGUAUCCUGUCUGACAGCCUUCAUGGGCUCAGCUACUUGUAACUCAACUUUAAGUCAGGCAAGCCCUUCCCAGACGCUGUGCCUCUACUGGGAAAAGACGGGCAGACAGGUUAGGCUGAGAUUUCCCAACAAGUUAGACUGAGUCCUCUUCCGACUUUGGCUCUACUAUGGAGUCCACAAAGCAAUAUGUGAGGCUGUUUUGUUAGCAAUGUCCGAACUCUGUUACACCGUGACUAUCUCCCCAAACCAGUAAUAUACUAAAACACCUGGAGGUCACUUGGGAAUUUAAUAGUCAAGAGCCUUGAAUAACUUUUAUUAUUAUUAUUAUAUUUAUUUAUUUAUUUAUUUUGGUUUUUUGAGACAGGGUUUCUCUGUGUAGCCCUGGCUGUCCUGGAACUCACUUUGUAGACCAGGCUGGCCUCGAACUCAGAAAUCCGCCUGCCUCUGCCUCCUGAGUGCUGGGAUUAAAGGCGUGCGCCACCACGCCUGGCGAAUAACUUUUUUAAAAAAAGAUCCUUAAUUUCCUUUCUCAAUGUUAGUCUAAGGUGAAUUCUCCCUCCCUCCCCCAAUACCCCCCUGCCUCUGAAAAAGGAUUUACAAAGGGUUACUAGAUUUUAGGGGAGCAGUAUUCAAUGUCAACAGAGGCUUCUAGAUGUUGAAGGCAGCCCCAUAGGCCCCAGCAUAUGCUGGCGAGUGACACACAAGUCAGUGUUCUGAAAUGCACCAUCAAAGGACAACCACCUUAUAAUUCUUGCAUCUCACAAUCCCAUGACAUGCUGGGCAAAAGAGCCCUUCCCAUUUGUUUGAGACUGUUGAUUCAUUCAUAAGUAUGGAGUAGAUAUUUUUUUAAAUGUCUGUAUUUGAGUCUGGCACACAUGUGUAAUUCCAGCACUCCAGAGGCAUAGUCAAGAGGAUAGUCUUGAGUUUGAGGCCAGCCUGGGCUAAAUAGCAAAUAUUCAACCACCCAGGGAUGCUGUCAAGACACUGUCUCAAAAAAAAAAAAAAAAAAAAGAAAAGAAAAGAAAAAAGAAAAAAGAAAAAAAAAGAAAAAAAAGAAAAAGAAAGAAACAAAAUGGCUGUCUGUGUUCUAGCUGAUAUUGUUCUGCACAAUGGCAUACCUGUGUCCAGUGUCUGAUGACAGCAUGUGACACCUGCCAGGUUCCUUUGUCUGUAGUGUAGCUUCAGGGACAUAAGUCCUCACAAGUUCUGAAUGAGGGAGGCAGGGAAGAAGCAGGGUAGUUCUUUUCUGUUCCCAAUGCUGGAUGGCUGUGGUUCUAGGAUAAGCUAAUGUGUUUGCCAGGCGGUCACUGACAAAGCUGAGGUCCAAGUGAUGACAUCACAAACCAGAAUUCUGGGAAGGCAAAGCUUCAGUUCCCCAGGCCCCUGACUACUGCCCGCCCUACAUGUUCUACCGGUCUCUUGGCACCCUUUUCGGCUGCCCCUCUAGGGGUCCCGAAACACUUCAGGACGGAAAAGAGAGCUGGAUUGAAAGAUGUCUCAAUGAAAGCGAGAAUAAACGCUAUUCCAGUCACACAUCUCUGGGGAAUGUGUCUAAUGAUGAAAAUGAGGAAAAAGAAAAUAACAGAGCAUCCAAGCCCCACUCCACGCCGGCCACCCUGCAAUGGCUGGAGGAAAACUAUGAGAUUGCUGAGGGCGUCUGCAUCCCCCGCAGCGCCCUCUACAUGCACUACCUGGAUUUCUGUGAGAAGAACGACACUCAGCCUGUCAAUGCUGCCAGCUUUGGGAAGAUCAUAAGGCAGCAGUUUCCUCAGCUAACCACCAGAAGACUCGGGACCCGAGGACAGUCAAAGUACCAUUACUAUGGCAUAGCGGUGAAGGAGAGCUCCCAGUAUUAUGAUGUGAUGUACUCAAAGAAAGGAGCUGCCUGGGUGAGCGAGACGGGCAAGAGAGAAGUCACCAAGCAGACGGUGGCAUAUUCUCCCCGGUCCAAGCUUGGGACAUUGCUGCCAGACUUUCCAAACGUCAAAGACCUAAAUCUGCCAGCCAGUCUUCCUGAGGAGAAGGUGUCUACCUUUAUUAUGAUGUACAGAACACACUGUCAGAGAAUACUGGACACUGUAAUAAGAGCCAACUUUGAUGAGGUUCAAAGUUUCCUUCUGCACUUUUGGCAAGGGAUGCCGCCCCACAUGCUGCCCGUGCUAGGCUCCUCCACGGUGGUGAACAUCGUGGGUGUGUGUGACUCCAUCCUCUACAAAGCCAUCUCCGGUGUGUUGAUGCCCACGGUGCUGCAGGCGUUGCCGGACAGCUUAACUCAGGUGAUCCGAAAGUUUGCCAAGCAGCUGGACGAGUGGCUGAAAGUGGCUCUCCACGAUCUCCCGGAAAACCUGAGAAACAUCAAAUUUGAAUUAUCAAGGAGGUUUUCCCAAAUCCUAAGGAGGCAAACAUCGCUGAACCAUCUGUGCCAGGCAUCUCGAACGGUGAUCCACAGUGCAGACAUCACGUUCCAGAUGCUGGAGGACUGGAGGAAUGUGGACCUGAGUAGCAUCACCAAGCAGACUCUGUAUACCAUGGAGGACUCUCGGGAUGAGCACCGCAGACUCAUCAUCCAGUUGUACCAGGAGUUUGACCACCUGCUGGAGGAACAGUCCCCCAUCGAGUCUUACAUAGAAUGGCUGGAUACCAUGGUAGACCGAUGCGUUGUAAAGGUGGCUGCCAAGAGACAAGGGUCUCUGAAGAAAGUAGCCCAACAGUUCCUGCUGAUGUGGUCUUGCUUUGGUACGAGGGUGAUCCGGGACAUGACCUUGCACAGUGCCCCCAGCUUCGGGUCUUUUCACCUGAUUCACCUGAUGUUCGACGACUACGUGCUCUACUUGCUAGAAUCUCUGCAUUGUCAGGAGCGGGCCAACGAGCUCAUGCGAGCCAUGAAAGGAGAAGGAAGCACUGCAGAAGCCCAGGAAGAGAUUAUCUUGACAGAGGCUACCCCACCAACCCCUUCACCUGGUCCAUCAUUUUCUCCAGCAAAGUCUGCCACAUCUGUGGAGGUGCCACCUCCCUCCUCCCCUGUCAGCAACCCAUCCCCCGAAUACACUGGCCUUAGCACAGCAGGAGCGAUGCAGUCAUAUACGUGGUCGCUAACAUAUACAGUAACAACGGCUGCAGGGUCACCGGCUGAGAACUCCCAACAACUACCCUGUAUGAGGAGCACCCAUAUGCCUUCUUCCUCCGUCACACACAGGAUACCAGUCUACUCCCACAGAGAGGAGCAUGGGUACACGGGAAGCUAUAACUACGGGAGCUAUGGCAACCAGCAUCCUCACCCACUGCAGAACCAGUAUCCAGCCUUGCCUCAUGACACAGCCAUCUCUGGGCCUCUCCACUAUUCCCCUUACCACAGGAGCUCUGCCCAGUACCCUUUCAAUAGCCCCACUUCCAGGAUGGAACCUUGUUUGAUGAGCAGUACUCCCAGGCUGCAUCCUACCCCAGUGACUCCCCGAUGGCCAGAGGUGCCGACUGCCAACGCAUGCUACACAAGCCCAUCUGUGCAUUCCACGAGGUAUGGAAACUCUAGUGACAUGUACACCCCGCUGACCACGCGCAGGAAUUCUGAGUAUGAGCACAUGCAACACUUUCCUGGCUUUGCUUACAUCAACGGAGAGGCCUCCACUGGAUGGGCUAAGUGACUGCUUUCAUAGAAAUCCAUAUUUAAUAUUAAUAAUUAAUAAUAAUAAUAAACCCAGUACCCACCCUCCAGAAGACUUUAUUUCAAUACAUCAUAACUUGCGGGCUGACCUAAGCAUCCAUUCUCCUAAUGAACAAGAGGAUGUUCAAUGUGGAGUGAAUAGACUUUAGUUCAGAAACAGGAGUCACUAAAAGUCAGUGGGAUUGGGUUUCUGUAGCCAAGCCAGACUUGACUGUUUCUAUAGAGCACUAUCUUGGGCAGGCCAAUCUGUGCCUUUCCCCUCUGUUCCAUGACCUUGCAUGGCAACUACUCCUUGUAUAGGGUACUUAUUUUCUUGUUGACAAAGCUCUUUAGUCUUGAAGGAUGGAUACUGGAGCCAGAAUCUGGUUUGUGUUCUUGGACGGGCACAUAAUUUACCAAGAGCAUUCACCUUGCCACCUGUCUGUCUGUCACCUCGCUGUACGGUUACCAGCCCUCAGACAUGUAAUCCACAUCCCGACUUCCUGGUGAUGUCAUUCCUACUUCCUGGAGUCCCUGGAAGUUUUUGAAAAUGCUAAGCUCCCUGCUAAGUUCCAUUCGUACCUGCCAUAUUACCUGCAUUGUCCUGGACUGUAAGCACUGUUGUUGAGGGACAGAAGAGGCCUGUUAUAUAUUGCCUUUCGUUGAUUGAUGUCUGUAGGGACCAGUUCUUCUCUGUACAAGGAUUUGUCCUAAGUUUGCACAAUGGCUAGCAUCAGCAAAAGGCAGGAGAGGGUUUUCUUAAGUUCUGUGAGAAAUGUGGAUUUAUGGCACUAAACACUGUCCUCCACUGUGUUACUUUGCGAAGCUGGAUGGAGCAGACUUUCACUUAGCAAGCACCAAGUGUGAAAACAACUGUCUGGUUUCUUCAUAAGACUAGAAUACUUUCUGACACUUUGCUAGAAAAAAAAAAUUCAAAGCUGUGCCUUUGAGUCUAUACUAUACUGUGUAUGUGUGGAAAUAAAAAAAAUGUAUUGUACUUUGGGAAAAUUUUUUCUUAGGUAUUUUUUGUCAGAUUUGUAGCUAUUUGUGAGGUUUGUUAGAGAUUAACAUAGGUUUUCUUUCUGUAUUAUAAGAUGCACCAAGCAAUUAUGGUGGACCUAUUACCCUAUGGGUAAGAAAUAAAUGGAAAUAUGACAUCGGAUGUUUUAGCAAAUGUUCUGUAAAUAAAAUGUUUGAUCACACCACCCAGUGUGAUAAUCAUGUCUACAGCUAAAAUGGAAAUAGUUUUAUCUGUACAGUUGUGCAAGAUAUGGAUGGUUUCACACUCAAAUAAAAAGUAUUGAAAUGA